AUGUCUACUGUGAAGGCUCAUCUACUCUCUGAGAAAAACUCCUCACAGUCUACGGUACGAUCCACAGGGUCUGAAUUACUAGACGAUGUAUUGAGAGUACUCCUUUGGAUUGCACCUUGGUAUACAUGUUUAAGUACAUUGUUUUUCGCAUGGUUAACUGUUCUUUAUCCACGACCUACGCUUGCAUGCUCGAUAUCUGCUUGGCUUUUCUGGUUUACAAGUAUGAGAAAUAUAAACCACAGUCAAGGAACUUCUUUUAGCCAAGAAUAUGAAAAAGAAGCCAAGAACGUGUCAAAUGAAGAUACUUCUGAAUCUGAGCAUCCAACGACUGACCCUGAGGAACAAACCGUGCACAUUGAUUCGGACAUGGACGACGAGACAUAUGGUCAAGGUGCCCCCGGCUACCAGCUACUUCACGGGAAACGGGGUCAUGGGAGAACGCCAAGCAUGGAUCUGCAUUCUUCUAGUGAUCCAUCCUCCCACCACAAGCCAAAAAAGAAGACACAAAGGUCUGAUAGCAUAGGUGAAGAGUCUCACGAAGAAAAGGCAUCAGUCACUGAGGAUGGAUUACAAAAGGCUGGUAGGCUUUCUAUUUCAAAAAUUGUAACGGAUCACCUAAUUCGCAAAGAUGAUUACCCGGUGGAAACUUCUCAAAAGAUCAAUCAAGGACCAAUAUUUGUGAAAUCAUCCAAUGGUCCAACUCUUCUGGACGCAUAUUUUGAACCUGUUCAAAAUUUAUAUCGAUAUUCUCAGAUGUCAAAUACGUUGUUCUUCAGCUACCUUCCAUUGGUUACAGCAAUAUUUAUUUUCUUUCUGCCUACUCAAGCUUUAUUUAUAUUUCUGUCGUCGGUUGUGCUUGCAUGGCAUUCUCCUCCCAUGAAAGCAGUUUCGCUCGCCGUUGCCCGAAUCUCUGUUUUUAGUUCACUUUCAGAAAAAUUCGUUUUCGGAAAAAUUGAAAAUGAGAAGGAAGAAGAGGAGGGUCAGUUGGAAGAACCUCCAUCGAUUCCCGGGGAUGCUUCUGAAAGGGAAUCCAAAGAUGGUGCUACCACCUCAUUGUUGAAAGUGUUUAAGAAUGGUACGGCCCCUGUCAAACAGGAGGGCACUCCAAAUGAAGUAAAUAGCAAUGAAAACGUAACAGAGAAAUCUCUACAUUUGGUGGAGCAUCAACGAUACUGGGUUGGUGUCGGUUGGUUGAAUCGAACAUUACCGACGGAUCACCCCAACUUUACUAGCUCAGACAGAAAUAUUCCUGUAGCGGAGCCUACAGCCCAGUUUCUUCCUCCAGACGGGAUUGCUUGGAUUGACGACAAAUGGUCCAUUGGUCCAUGGACAUAUACGGAUACAUUUUGGAGACAACCGUCUUUAACUCAGUAUAAGACCGCGUUUACAAGGUUCCGAGAAUGGAAAAGAAGAUAUCGUACAUUACCAGAGGAAGCCGUUCCCGUCCCUUCUGUGUUGGACACACUGUCAUCCGAGAAAAGAUUAGAUGAUGAACAGGUAGCCAACUCUGGUGGUACAAACCAUACAACUGGAACUUCGAAAUCUCAGUCCAAAGCAGCUGCGAAUUUAAAAACGAUUAUGAAUGAAAAUGCGUCUGAUACGAAGCCUAGAUCUUCGUCCAUUUCUACUACGAGAUGA